AUGGUUAAUGAUAUCCAAAACAGAACUUCAACUCAAGUAGAUGAUUCAUGGGCCCAUGAGGUUGAUUAUUUUGUUUCAAGCUGGCCAAUAUCUGACCAAGAUGGUCUCAACGAUAUGGAAAAUAAAAUUAAGAGUGAUUUUAAUUUUCGUAAACAAGUUGUAAGUGAACUGGCUAGGAUUGGAGGCAAGUUGUUACCAAACAUGGUAUAUAAAAUUCUAAAAAAAGUUUUUGACGAUAGCAUUUUACUUGAAUUCACAUAUUAUGGCUUGAGAAAUAAGGACAAUUUUUCUUUACUGGCUAUAAAUAAAGUAAUAAUUGAAGCAAUACUGAAAUCAAAAUUCAAAAAUCAUUCAAAUGAUGAGAUCAUUACAGCCAUUAGUAAAUGGCUAACUGGGGCAAAAGGCAGAAUUUAA